CAAACAGACUUGAUUGAUCUUUCUCUCAUAGAAAUGAAGUUACAUAUUGAUUCUCCUUCUGCAGCAACAGUUGUACUAAUAUGGGUGGCUGCUGCUAGUAUUACUCUUUUAAUGGCCACAUCUACUGUAUCAUCCUCAUCGUCGUUGUGGUUGUCGACAGCAGAGGGAGAGGCUCUAUUCAACACCGGCUGGUGGGGGGACACUAGUAAAACAGAUCACUGCGACUGGUACGGUGUCCUUUGCAGUGGGCUAGGAUUUGUCAUUAAGAUAGAAAUUUUAUAUGGUUCGUUCAAUGGACGAGAAGAAAAUGUGCUCAGGGAUUUGAAAACUUUGAACUUAUCUUCCUUUCCACAUCUUGAAUAUCUCGAUCUCACCUCUACCAGUGAGAUACCUCUAUCCUUGGCUAACCUCACUCAAUUGGUCGAGCUUGACCUGUCAUACAAUCAUAUUAGUGGCCCAAUCCCAUCAUCUGUAGGUCAUUUGACCAAUCUUGCAUUUCUUCGCCUCUCUUCAAAUCAAAUCAAUGGCUUCAUUCCUCUAGAACUAUGUCAUUUACAGAGUUUGGUUCUCAUGGAUCUACGUAAUAACAGCUUACUCGGACAAAUGCCUUUUUGUUUGGGGAAUUUAACUAAUCUGUCCUUUUUGAUUCUGAGUUAUAACAAUCUCAGUGGCCAAAUUCCUUCGUCUAUAGCUAAUUUGACUGAACUCGACUCUUUGUGCCUUGGUUCGAAUCAUAUCAACGGUUCCAUACCAGCCAACAUUGGUAGGUUGAAGAAACUAAGCUAUCUUAACCUAUUUAGAAAUCUAUUUGACCAAGUGAUCCCACUAGAAAUGGGGAAACUCACGAAUUUGGUGGUUUUGGACCUCCAUCACAACUAUUUUUCUGGUCAAAUUCCUUCAUUUAUAGGUAAUUUGUCAAGCCUUAGAACUAUCGAUUUGUCGACAAAUAGAAUCAAUGGCUCAAUACCUCUUGAACUUGGCUAUCUACCCCGCCUUGAACACUUAGACCUCUCUCAGAAUAUGUUGAAUGGGUCUAUCCCAAACGACCUAUACAAAUGCUAUAAUUUGAGCUACUUUGCAGCGAGCAGCAAUUAUUUGAGUGGAAGUAUACCUGCUAAACUUGCACGCUCUUUGUCAGGACUAUCCUACUUGAAUCUGUCCCACACUAAUCUUUAUGGCACAAUUGAUUUUCCAUGUUGCUCAUGCUCGCUUGAUUUGUCAAACACCGGUGUGGUGUCUAACUCAACUUGUAAACUAUUCAACAAGAAACCAUCCUCACACUUCCUAGCCAUUUUUCUUCCAAUUACCAUUUUCAUUGCCUUCGUGUUACUUGGAUUUAUUUACUUUCGUCGAAAAAUGCCCAAAAAAAAUCCAAGUGAGCCAAGGGCAAUGAAGAAUGGUGACAUGUGCUCGAUAUGGAAUUACGAUGGAACCAUUGCAUAUGAGGACAUCAUCAAAGCAACAAAUGACUUCGACAUUGGAUAUUGCAUUGGAACUGGCGGAUAUGGCAGCGUUUACAAAGCCCAGUUGCCCAACGGCCAUGUAUUUGCCUUGAAAAAACUUCAUCGCCGGGAAGCCGAGGAGCCAGCUUUCGACAAGAGUUUCAGAAAUGAGGUACAAGUGCUAACAAAUCUACGACAUAGAAACAUUGUGAAGCUCUACGGGUUUUGCUUACACAAUCGUUGUAUGUUCUUGGUUUAUGAAUAUAUGGAAAAGGGAAGCUUAUUCUGUGCUCUACGAUAUGAUGACGAAGCUAUAGAAUUGAGUUGGGCUGCAAGGGUGAAUAUUGUCAAGGGCUCCGCACAUGCCUUAUCUUAUAUGCAUCAUGAUUGCACCACACCGAUUGUUCAUCGAGACAUAUCAAGCAACAACAUUCUAUUAAAUUCAAAACUGGAGGCUUUUGUCUCUGAUUUUGGCACUGCUAGACUGUUAAAUCCACAUUCUUCCAAUCAAACUAUAGUUGCAGGCACUGUUGGAUAUAUUGCUCCAGAGCUCGCUUACACCAUGGUGGUGACUGAAAAAAGUGAUGUCUACAGCUUUGGGGUCCUGGCAUUGGAAACAAUCAUGGGAAGGCAUCCAGGAGAGCUACUCUCAACACUAUCGUCUUCGUCUUCGUCCUUGUCCCCGUCCCCGUCUGCCCAACAUAUAAUGCUAAAUGAUGUGUUGGACCCCCGCCUCUCACCACCAGCAGAUCCAAUGGUUGCACAGGAUAUUUUGCUUGUUGCUACGUUGGCUUUUCAAUGCUUGCAUUCUGAACCGAAAGCCCGUCCAACAAUGCAGAGAAUAUCUCAAGAAUUUCUUUCUCACAAGAGACUGCUAGCCAAACCUCUGCGUAUGGUUUCUCUAUGGCAGCUAAGGAAUUCAGAGACAAAAUUUCCAAAUUGAAUUGAAUUAUUAUGUAGUAUAGUUAUGUACAUGUAUUCGAAUAAUUUUCUUCUAAUGCUAUAUGAUGAGACUAGUAUGAAAAAUAAAAUACGGA